UUUUGAAAACUUGAAUUUUUGAAAAUCUAAAAUUUCCAUAAUAAUUAUUAUAUUUUCCGAAUUUUUGGUUGUUCUGUUAGUUAACUAGUCACAAGUUAUUCUUGAUCUUCGUUUACGCUGGUUCUAUGAUUUUGUGUAGAAAAAAAUUUCGUUGAUGAAAUCGCCCUCUUGAUACACAGUUUUCAAACUGGAUUCCUGUAAAUCAUCGUUUACCCAAGACAGUAAAGGGACACUACCGUGACGGAUACAUCAAUCUUUACCAGAUUUCUUGUAUUAUUCCAUUAUUGAAAACUAUGGAGGAACCCAUUGCUAAAAAGGCGAAAACGGACGAUGAGAUCAUGGCGCUCACCACACGCACAGGAGGAGCUUAUAUUCCACCCGCUCGCCUGCGCGCUUUGCAAGCUCAGGUUACUGAUAAAAGCAGUGUGGCUUACCAGAGAAUCUCGUGGGAAGCACUUAAAAAGAGCCUGCACGGCAUGAUCAACAAAAUCAACGUGGAAAAUAUAGUGAAAGUUACGGAAGAAAUCCUUAAGGAAAAUAUUGUUCGUGGUCGCGGUCUGUUGGUGAAAUCUUGUAUCGAUGCACAAACCCAGUCUCCUACAUUCACGCAUGUUUACGCUGCGCUAAUUGCUGUGAUCAAUACGAAGUUUCCCCAGAUUGGCGAGUUGAUCCUUAAACGAUUAAUUAACAAUUUUCGGAAAGGAUACCGGCGCAACCAAAAAACAGCCUGUUUAUCUGCGUGCAGAUUCAUAGCACAUCUCGUCAACCAACAAGUGGCUGAUGAAAUUGUGGCUUUGGAAAUCGUAACGCUUCUUUUGGAAAAUCAUACCUUGGAUUCUAUUGAAUUAGCUGUUGGUUUUUUGAAAGAAUGCGGAAAUAAGCUUCAGCAGUCGACGCCGAAGGGACUCAAUGCUAUAUUCGAUCAGUUUCGAACGCUGGCGUAUGAAAGUGAUUUGGACAAGCGAGUUGGGUAUAUGCUUGAAGUGUUAGCCCAGAUCCGGAAAGAUGGAUUUAAAGACCAUCCUGCUGUCGCUCCUGGUCUGGAUUUGGUGGACGAAGAAGACCAGUUUACCCACACAUUAACGCUGGAAGACGAACAUGAUUCGGAAGAUAUUCUGAAUGUGUUCAAGUUUGAUCCAGAAUAUGAAGUCAAUGAGGAUAAGUACAAAAGUAUUCGCAAGCAGAUUCUUGGUGAAUCUGAAAGUGAAGGCGAAGAAGGGGAAAGCGAUGAAGAGAGUGAUGAGGAAAAAGGAGAGAAACCAGCAACUGAAAAUGACACGGCAAUUGUAGACAGCACCGAAACUAAUCUUGUUGCACUCCGGCGAAAUGUCUACUUGACCAUUCAGUCCAGCCUGAAUUUCGAAGAAUGUGUUCACAAACUUUUGAAAUUGGAGCUUAAACCUGGACAAGAAACAGAGAUUUGCCAUAUGAUUGUGGAUUGUUGUGCACAACAGCGGACAUACGAAAAGUUUUUCGGUCUGCUGGCAGGCCGCUUCUGUCAGUUGCACCAGACCUACAUUGAGCCAUACCAGAAAAUUUUCAUCGAUUCGUACGACACGAUUCACCGUUUGGAAACGAAUAAAUUGAGAAAUGUUGCUAAAUUUUUUGCCCACCUUCUAUGGUCUGACGCCAUUUCCUGGCUGGUGCUCGGUCACAUAAAGCUGUCAGAAGAAGACACUACUUCGUCGAGCAGGAUUUUCGUCAAAAUUUUAUUCCAGGAGUUAGCUGAAUUUAUGGGAAUGAAAGAGCUGAUGGAAAGAAUUUCCGAUCCUGCAUUGCAGGAAGCGUUCGAAGGGCUCUUUCCUCGAAACAAUCCAAAAAACACCCGUUUUGCCAUUAAUUUUUUUACUUCCAUUGGAUUAGGAGGCUUGACGGAUGCUCUUCGAGAACAUUUGAGCAGCAUGCCUAAACCUCAGGCUGCGCCGGUUACUGCGGAAAGCGAGGGCGACUCCAGUUCGGAUUCCGAGUCGGAUUCUUCAUCUGGCAGCUCAGAUAGCUCUAGCACCUCAUCGGAAUCAGAACAGGAUAACCGUCGGAAAAUGCAGCCUUUAAAGAAGGCAGGCGCUGCAAGGGAUUUCGAUAGGAGCAAACGACCGCGACGAUCCCCGGAAACGAGGGAAGAAAGACGAAAGAAAGAAUCGCCUAAGGUCAAACAGGAACGUAAGGAUUCUGAAUCUCCUCAUUUCAAAGAAAAAAGACGGAGAAGAGAUUCACCAGAUACAAAGCAGUCACGACGUGAUGGAGGUCGUAACGAAGAGAGAGUUCAACUGGAAUCUCGGGAUUAUAGGCGUCGCUCGCCAGAGAGGCGCAGAUUUUCACGAGAUCGAGACCGCGAUACUGACCGCUCGCGUCGUAGGAGUCCUUAAGCUUGAUAUAUGUUGUCGCUAAAUUGUUUAAACUUAUUUUUUUGUUAAAUGUUCUGCUCUGGUUUUACGGUUUAAUAUGUGGCGGUUGCUUACAGUAAGUUAGUUUUCAUGAUCGCUCCAUCAGGAGCGCCGUAUUCCUUGUUUUAGUUAUUUAAGCGUAAAAUUUUCAAACUAUGCCCGUAUGCGGAAUUAAACUGUACAGUACAGUA